AAUAGCUAGUGUAGUACAUGCAGGUCAUGCUGCUGCCUGAGCCUUCUCAGGUAGUGUAGCAGCAGCUGCCCCACCCUCUCUAGCGAGUACCUCUCCACCAUCACCGCACGACCCCUCUCGCCCAUGCGCCCGUAGCCAACCACAUCGCUCUCAGACAAUGACAGCAUCUCCUGCACACAUAUCAACCCACACACACGACCUCACAUAAGUACAUGUCUCUCUCUCCCUAUUUCUCUGUUGCUCACCCUCAGUCGUGUCUUGAGGCUUUCCCUGUCGACCUCAGCCCAUCUGUGUUCCUUGUAGGGCCCACUGUUGAUCUGGCUAAGACCGCUGAGGGCCACCUCCAUGGCACACUCACUGGUGAGGUACGCCGAGGGGCCGCCCCAGAAGUGCGUUAUCACCCGCCGCUGCAUCGACAGCGACUCAACCAGUGGGCGGCCCCACCCCUCCCCCCUGCACACACACACACACAGAGAGAGAGAGGACGAGAGACAGAGAUACCAUGCACCAGAAACCAUUCACACGGCCUUCUCGUCUGUGGGUUAGCCACCGUGCCGUAUGGACAAGGGCGGUGCUGAUUGUGCCAUAGAGCGCCCUCAGCUGCCGGUCGCUGACGCGGUUGACAAACACUACCGACGGCAGCCAUGCGGACAAAUCGCCCGAAGACGACUGCGCCGUCAGCUUCCUCUCAAUCAGCGGCUGGUAGGCCGCAUAGUGCUGGUCGACGGCACGCAGAGGCUCGCUGUCGGGGUGGUUGCCGAAUAGGUUGGCGACCACCACCAGACAGAUGUCGCCGGGCCUGAUGGCGGCCGUGGUGUUGCCUGUGGUGUUUGCUGAUGCGAAGGCGAAGGCCUCGAUAAAGGCGGGGAUCAUCAGGUCGUAGGCCUUUCUCGGCUCCCACUUGCCCACAGCCAGGAAAACCUUCCUGCAGCUGCCAGAACUCAUGGGCACGCGAGCGCCCUCGCCCUCAGUCUGCACCUCCUCCCUCUCCACCAAGCUCUCUCCCUUGUCCUCGCGCACGACGCCAUUUUCCUGUCCACGCCCGCCGAAGGCAGUCUCCUUCUCUGCAUGGUACUCGACAUAGGUGUCUUCGUCCUCGCUGAACGGCGACACAGGCGAUGGUGGCUGACGAGAGAUGGAGCCGUUGGCGUGCACCAGGAGAGACAUGACGUCCACCAGGCUCUGCUGUGUGUGGUUGGCGGAGGGGCGGACUGUCUGGGAAAGGGAAAUAAGAGAGGGGGCGGAUCCUCCUGCUGCUGCUGCUCCUGCUGCUGCUGGGGGGUGGCGGGGGGUAAGAGGGAGAGGAAGCGCCACUUGCCGGCUCUUCCUGGCAUCCUGUUCUGCUCGCAGCCUGACCAACAAAAGAUACACAGGAGUGAGCGUAACAGAUGCAAGAGAUGGAAUCCCGCCUGCUCACCUUUCUACCAGUUUCCGCGUAUCUGCAAUGUCAUCAUCAGUGACUCUCCCCGGGUCCCAGAAGGUGGUGUCCACCUGCUUCAACAAAUGGACACUCUGGCGGCUGCAGCUCCACGAGCGACGCGCAAAAGCAGCGCGACCACAUCGCGCUUACCCCCUCGGGAAGGACCUGUAUGCGGGACAGUGGCACCCCCGCCGCCGCAAACACACUCGCACUCCAGUUGGUCGGCACCCACAGCUCUUGCAGGUCACGGAGACGGUCCAGCCAGUCGAUGGGCACACGAUCAGUCUCAAACAUGGUCCUGCAGGCGCACACACAGAGAAGAAGAGACGGAUUGCGUGCACGCGUCGUGUUCGUAUGGACCGGCCGACAAUGAUGGUGUCGGGAUCAGAGGUCGAGUGGGCUCGGUGGGCAUGGUGCGAGAGGGAAAAGGCGCUUCAGAGCCACUGGGCUGUCUCGCCGGGACACCCAUGCGGGCGGCUGAGAGUGGCAGAUAACAAUGGCAGGGAUUGAGAGAUCAGUCACGGACGUCACGGGGGAGCCGCCUGGCCCGUCCCUCUGUGUCUGCAAGUGCCAGCCGCCGUCAUAGCUCCAUGGCCGAUGGGCGAACGGGCCGCCACCCACUAGACGGACGAACACCACAACAUACACAACAUGCAGACGGAUCUAGUGUCUGUCUCACACCGAGUGUUCUCCAGACGUCGUCAAUAGUGGUGGGAGUUGUGUCCCGUCUCCUCUCCUCCCUCAUCUGCAGGUCGCCUGGCCGCAGCACCAGGGGCGCCAGCCGUGUGAGCGACGAUUUGAGGCUCUCGACGUAAGCUCGGUCGACGGCGCCGCCGUGCUGCAGGAUGGAGAGGUCGAACUCUUGUGUGAAGGCUGGCUGGUACAGCAGGGACAGCACGUAGGAAGUGGCCUCUGUGCAAUAGCCUCCCCCUGAACACAUCCAUGACCAGAAUGAAUGAAUGAAUGACUCCCUCCCUCCCUCCCUCUAUAUAAGUAGGCGUCAUUUGUUUUCUAACCUGUGAAGAACGGUGCGUGCCAGUAGACCUGGCACUUCGUCGACGCCGUGCCGCCCCUGCCGCGAGCGUCCAAUGACAUCCGAUGGCCUCUCGCCCUGUCCAAAGCCACCAUCAGCACUGCAAAGUGUGCCACGUUCUGCCACUUUCUGCCACGUGGUGGGUCCUCUCUUUUCCUUCGUCGUGGUGGGCCUGGUGGUGUUGGGGCAGUAGCAUCAGGUUCUGCUUCCAGUGUGUGUGCAGAGGAGCAUGGCGGCGGAUGUGUGGCUUGGCACUGUGCGGUAACGCACACAGAAGAGGGUUUGCAGUGGUGCAAGGAAGAGGGGAUGUGGGCCUCUCUUCUUGACGCCAUGUCGGGGCUGCUUCUGCUGAAGUUCAGCGCAUGCAUCGCUCCGAG